AUGCAACAAGUUAAUUCAUCAUUAACAAUGAAGUUGAUUACAUUUAUUGCCAUAUUUUUAAUGAUCAUUAACAUGGCAACAUGUGUAUCAUUAAAUAAUCAUCCUGUCACUUCUCAUGUCAAUAAUGACAUUAAUUAUCAUCAAGUAAUUUUUGACUAUAUGAAAGAUCGUUCUAAUGAAAAUUUUAAAUAUCAACUUUUAAAUUCGGUUGACAUUCCAAACACUGCUAAAUUUUAUGUAUUUAACAUGACAAGUGUCAAAUGGUUAACUAACAAGGAAGUGUCACGUAGUGAGUGGUAUCAUUUUGUUGAAAUUGUUGUUCCCUAUCAAAUAACUCAAACUAAACAAGCACUCAUGUUAAUUGCAGGUGGAUCAUCAAAUUCACAAGUUCCAACACUUGACAAGGAAUUAAUUCAAAUGGGUGUUUUAACAAAAUCAAUUGUUUGUACCAUUCAUCAAAUUCCAAAUCAACCACUCACUUUCUUAUCAGAUCCAGAAAAGAAGAGUCGAGUUGAAGAUGCAAUUUUAGCAUUUGCUUGGGCAAGAUUUAUGAAUUUAACACAGGAAAAUGAUGAAUUGAAAAGUAAUACUGAAUGGAUUCCAAGACUUCCAAUGGUCAAGUCAACUCUAUUUGCUAUGGAUUUAGUUCAAGAAUAUUUAUUGAAAAAUCUUAAUAUUAAGGUUGAAGAUUUUCAUGUUGCUGGUGCUUCAAAGAGAGGUUGGACGACAAAUCUUGUUGGUGUUGUUGAUCAGAGAGUUAAGAGUAUUAUUCCUAUUGUUAUUCCAAUUUGGAAAACAAGAGAAGUAUUGGGUAUGUUUUUUUUUCUUUUUAUUGAACUAGUUGUAUAUUGA